AUGCAUUCUAAAAAGGUAAAUUUCAAAACCAUUCUUUCUUUGAUUAAUGAUUCUUCAGAAUUCACCACCAUGUAUCAUCACAGCCUUCGUCAAGAUGUUUUUAUAAAGGAAGAGUACCAUUAUUUAAACGUUCCUAAAGUUGGAACAUUCACAGUGUAUGACAGCCUUGACUGCACCUUUGAAUGCCUCGGCAAUCCUUCCUGUUUGUCCUUCAACCUGGCAGCUUACAAAGGAGCAGAUGGAAAGUUGUGGUGUGAGUUGUUAUCCUCAGAAAAGUACAGCAAUCCUGAGGAAUAUAAAAGGAACGAGAGUUUUCAUCACUUUUCCAUCAAGGUGGGGUAAAAUCUUUGCAUAGCGUUUAUUAAAGUAAGAUAUUUUUUGAUAUCCCAGUCUAUGCGAUUUUUAAUAACGUGUCACGAACACUAAUCGAUGUAAAAGUGACUACUGCACGAUAACAAGUCGGGGUUAUUCAGUCGAAUGUCACUUUCUGCUUUCUUUCUUUCUACAAUCAACACUUCACGCAAAACAAAAUUACCUUUAGUUAAUUGUAGGGCAUUUGACAUCAACCUCUUUUAUAAUUAUUUCAGACUCCAUGUAUGUCAUCACCUUGCCAGAACGGAGGUACCUGUGUAGCGAACUACAAGUAUCACUCGUUUGACUGCCGUUGCAAAAAGGCUUUUAUGGCGAAUUUUGCGAAAAAGGUAAUUGAUAUUCAGACCGGGGCCCCCGUUUAAGUUAGGACAACCAAACUUAGCGGCUUUACCUAAAAUUUAUAUGGGAACAUUUUAAAGGCGUAGUUGUAACGCCUUCCCAGUUGUUUUGUUUAACACGUGACCCGGUCACGCGCAUCCGGGUUUUCAGUUUUUUGUAAGCUCGACUAGAGAGCGGAGUGUUUUUGGCAACGUCGCCCAACGCAGUUCUUUAGGCUUCGCACGAAGCAUGUUGUAAUAGCCAUUACAGUCUUUGACGGUCCCUUCGGUCCGUUAACAUCUUGUGAACCAGCAUUAAACGGAACUAAGGAUCUUGUUAGACGUUUUGGUCAUUGUGGAGUGAACCUUUCAGAAUUUCUGCAACGCAUGUUGCCCUCGCGCCGCCUUCACCCAAAAGCGGUCGCUACAGUCAAAGACUCGUAUUUACCUCAAGGAACUUUGAAGACUCCUGUUUAAUCUGAGGAACUCCAACGAAUUGUAUUUACGCCGAGGAACUUUACCGUGGAUUCAGCAAAAUUCGAUGAUAAACACGAGGAUACCGGACUCGGGCUAACCUUCGUGUCGAGACCAGAGGAAUUUCUCAUCGAGAAGAGCGCAAAAAAACACACCUCAAGCCCAGCUCACGAAGAAAUCGUCGACUCAACAAAGACUGAGGUUAGCUCAUCUGUUAUUUUACCGGAUAAUGUGUCUUUACGUCCAAAAAUAGAGGAAAUUUCAUCGAUUACAAAUGCCGACAUUAUUGUCGAUUCGAGUAACACUAGGCCCAGGACCCUCACGGCCAAAGGGCGGGAAUACAAAUGUGGCUUGAAGAGAAGCGCUGCGAUAGAUAACGACCGUCAGUUUCGCUCUAAAUUAGACACUUUUAAAGAGCAAAUCCUCUCAGGCAAAGAUCCUAAGGAAAUUAAGGAAGAUAUUUCAGCUUUGAUCAAGGAGUUAGACAUUGUCUUACAAAGUUUUGACCAAUGGAUAGAGCUAUCAGAUGAUUCGGAUGAAACUCAUCAGGCCACAAGUAAACAAGCUUAUCUGCUUGACACAUGGAAAGCAGUUCAUGAUACAGCCGUGAAAGAAAUUGACAAAUUACAAAAUGAUGCAGCCUCUAUCACAUCUCAAAGGUCCCACCGUUCACGAGUCUCGAAAGGGUCGGGAUCAAGUAGAAGUUCUUGCAAGGAGACCCUGCUUGAAUUUCGAGCUAAGAGAGCAGCCCUAGAAGAAACGUUGAAGUUUUCAGCAGUUAUUGCCGAACAAAAACAGAAACUGGAACAGUUGAAAAUACAAAAAGAACUUGGAGAAGUCACUGCACAAGAGCAAGUCUACCAAAAAGCAAUGCAAGAAGAAAACUGUCUGCAGUCGCCUGCACUGCCGACAGAAACCUAUGAUCCAAUUUCCACCUUUAUUGCCAGCAAUAAUGCUGACGAAUAUACGUCUACACCGAGUGCGCCUGCUACAACGCUCUUUGACACUAGAACACCAGUGACUAAAGUGACAGUGACGUCAUCGUCCACACCACUUGACGUUGUAUCUGUAUCUUUGAAUCAAGGCCCUCAAGGAUCAACCAAUCGAAUCUCACACUCUACCACUGCAACCACCUUCAGCUUAAGAGGACAAGCUCCUCCAGUUUACACAUCGCCUGCGUGUACUAUGUCCCAAAUUGGACUCACACCUCCAAGAGGUUUUUGCGGAAAUUUUCCAGCGUUUGUACCAUCGUCAUAUACAGCCUACUCCCCUGCACCCCAAGAUUAUUCAGUGCAACUAACUGACACCCUAGCCAAGAUCAGUCAGCUACAACGCCUCCCUCAAGCCACGCCAGAUGUUUUUAAGGGUGAUGAGACUGACAAGACUAAAUUCUUCCUGUGGGAGAAUUCUUUUGAUAGUCUGAUUGAUUCAGCACCAGUGACAGCCCAACAGAAACUACACUUCUUGUACCAAUAUUUGGAUGGCAAAGCCAAAAAGUGGUAGAGCAGCUUCAGUACUUAGUGCAGAACCCUGAAAGUGCGUAUCAACAAGCCCGCACAAUCCUCAAGGAACGUUUUGGCCACCCAGCAAUAAUCAGUACCAGUUUUCAGAAGAAAUUAACAACCUGGCCAAAGGUGGGACCGAACGAUGCAGCAGCCUUAGAAGAAUUCAGUGACUUCCUUCAACAGGUGAAGAUUGCAAGCGAACACAUUUUGAGUCUCCAAGUCCUUAAUUACCCGUCACAGAUUCAAAGUCUUGUCGAAAAGCUGCCAUCGUGGUUCAAGCCCAAAUGGUCUGAUAAAGUGCUGAAACUUCAGAAGAAAGAAGGCAAGGACACAUUCCCUUCAUUUGCAGACUUCGCUCAAGAAGUGCGUUACCACGCUGAGCGUGUCAACAUACCUCAAAUUGUUCAAGCUUCAGGUUCAAGUGGUACACCACAGACAGACCGUUUCAAACCUUUGAACCGCCAACCCCGCCUGCGUCCUCCAGCUGUUAAUCUGACCUCCACUUCACCCCCAGUAACAAUGGCGAGACAAAUGCUAAUCACGAAGAACCAAUAGAAAUCUCCAAUGUGCUUUCAACCCAUGCUCAGCAACCGGACACUACCAAAGCUACUGCGGCUAACACGUAUUGCUUCUAUCACAAGAUGAAGUCUCAUAGCAUGAACGAUUGCGAACAGUUUCAGAAAUUAGGAUACGAAGAACGCAGAGAUUUCCUAAUGAAAAACAAAGUCUGUCUCAAGUGUGUUAAUUCCAACAAACAUGUUGCCAGAGACUGCGGACAAGACAGGCUAGAUUGCAAGAUAUGUCGACAGAAACAUGCCACUGUACUGCAUGACCCAUCCAGGCACAAAGUGAUUAAUGCCAGUGAAGCGAGGUCUGCUUGCUCACGAGUCUGCAAUCAAGGGCAUUCUGCUCGUUCAUGCGCUAGAAUAGUUCUCGUCGAAGUCUUCCAUCAAGACAACCCUUCAGCAAGGAUGCUGACCUAUGCAGUUCUGGAUGACCAGUCAACAGAUGUCUUCAUCACAGACACUCUUCUCGACCAGUUGCAGGUCAAAGGCCAGGAAGUUAACCUCAAUAUCAGUACGAUUGCGGGCGUGAACACUGUGCGUACUCAGAAAGUAAACGGAUUGCACAUCAAGGACACAGACAGUCGACACAAUUCUAUUAGGAUUCCGUUUGCAUACUCACAAGAGAAAAUUCCAGCUAGCCAUCAGGACAUCGCCACGCCUAACAUUGCCCAACUCUGGCCGCACCUUAAGGAGAUCGCCCACCACAUCCACUAUCAUCCCGGAGUAGAGAUAGGAUUGUUAAUCGGUCGUAACAUCCCAUCUGCCUUUCAGCCAUUACACGUUAUAUACGGCAAAGACAAUGAGCCGUGGGCUGAAGAGUACAAGUUCGGCUGGACGAUCAUCGGUCCAGUUUGUCUAGACAACCAACAAGACAGUACGGCUUGUGCAACAGUUAACCGCAUCACCGUACGACGAGAAGAUUCUCACAACCUCUUCAAUGUUCCAACGAGCAACAGUUCCAGAGAAGAGGCCGUAGCCUCUUUCGCUUCCAAACAUCAAUCUAAGGAUGUCACUACGCCCCAGCAGAUAAGAGAAAUGAUGCAAUUGGAUUACAGUGAACUACAUCAUAGCCGAACCAUCCGAGGCACUGAGAACACCGAGUCUGUCGAGGACAGACGUUUCAAUGAUCUUCUUACCACAAGCAUCCAUACAAAUGAACUGGGCAAUUGGGAAAUGCCGCUACCACUGAGGACAGGCAAGUUGAGUCUGCCGAACAACCGAGAACAAUGCCUAAACAGGCUACUAGGCAUAAAAAGAAAACUUCUCAAGAAUGGCAAGGUUUUGAAGCAAUAUACUGAGUUCAUGCAGAAAAUGUUUAACAAGAACCACGCCAGUCUCGUCCCAUCAGAUCAACUCAAGACUGCCACAGGAAAGGUGUGGUACUUGCCUCAUUUUGACAUUUAUCACCCCAAGAAACCUGACCAAAUUAGAAUCGUUUUCGACUGCAGUGCCAUCUUCCACAACGAGUCUCUCAACAAACAUCUGCUACAGGGCCCUGACAUGAUGAAUGCCCUCGUUGGUGUGCUCUCGCGGUUUCGAAAGGAAGAGACAGCAGUGACAUGCGACAUUGAACAGAUGUUUCAUAGUUUUCACGUCAGCCCGGAACACAGAGACUUUCUACGAUUUCUGUGGUUCAAGGAUAACAACUUAGAGAGUCAAAUCGUAGAGUACAGCAUGAACGUCCACCUUUUCGGGGCAGUCUCCUCCCCGGAGUUGCUAAUUUCGGUCUCAGAAUGACAGCAGAAGCCGGCAGAGAACAGUUUGGCAAUGAGGCCGCAGACUUCUUGAAGAACGACUUCUACGUAGAUGACGGGUUGAAAUCUUUCGCCACACCAGCUAAAGCAAUCAAUGUCAUCAAGAAUACCCAAGCCAUGUGCGCAGCAGUCAACCUACGCCUGCACAAGUUUGCCAGCAACAGUGAGACUGUGCUGGAAGCCUUACCUGCUGAAGAUCGUUCCAAGGACUUGAAGGACCUCGAUCUACGUCACGAUGUCUUACCUGUCCAACGAUCCUUAGGUACCUAUUGGUGCAUCCAGUCUGAUACCAUUGGUUUCGAAUUGAGCUCAAGGACAAGCCUCUCACCCGUCGCGGAAUUCUAUCAACUGUGAGUUCAGUUUAUGAUCCGCUUGGUGUCAUUGCACCUGUCAUCUUAGUCGGAAAACAGUUGCUCCAAGAACUGUGCCGCGAAGGCAUCGACUGGGACGACCCAGUUCCUGCCCACAUCCGUUCACAAUGGGAAAAAUGGAGAUCCGAACUACCUCUUGUGGAGACGAUCAAGAUAGCAAGGUGUCUCAAGCCACCUGAUUUCGGCGAACCAGUUGCCGUGGAGUUACACAGCUUCUCCGAUGCCAGCAACACAGGCCUCGGCCAGGUAACCUACCUACGUCUUGUAAACAGUUCAGGCCAAGUACAUGUCAGCUUCCUGAUGGGCAAAGCUAGGGUCGCGCCACUAAAGCCAAUGUCAAUUCCACGCCUUGAACUGACCGCCGCCGUGGUUGCUACUAACGUAGCCUCCAUGCUCAGCCAAGAGCUUAACUACAGUAACCCAGUGAAAUUGUUUUACACGGACUCUUCCGUCGUUCUAGGGUACAUUCGAAAUGACGCGAGACGCUUCCAUACGUACGUCGGAAAUCGUGUUCAACACAUCCGCGACAGAUCAAACCCACAGCAGUGGCAUUACGUUAGCAGUCCGAACAACCCAGCUGAUAUCGCGUCAAGAGGUGCCACCACCAAAGAGCUUUCUGAACACGAACUAUGGUUCAAUGGCCCUGAAUUCCUAUGGGAAAGCGAAGUACCGGUGAUCAGCCUAGACCAAGUUGCGGAUCUACAACACGAAGACGUUGAAGUGAAGAAACCUAAGUCCACCGUCUGCAUUUCAAGCCAUGAAGAAACCAAAAGCGAGGAGAAGGAGAGCUCUCACAGUAUUCUAGAACCAGAACGCUUUCGCCAUUCAUCUUCCCUCAUUCGCCUAAAGAGGAGCAUUGUGCGCAUCCAGAGAAUGAUAGAACAGAGACGCCCUAACAGGCAGUUCAACACAAGGCCCAACACCGGCCCCCUUCAGUCGAAGAAUUACGCUUAGCAGAAGAAGUAAUUCUCAAGUCAGUUCAGUUCGAGCACUUCGGCAAGGAGAUCCAAAUCCUUCAAAAUGCCAACCACCAAGAUGGUAUGUUCCAGGAUCGCCACAGUGCUCAUACCAGGAACGAAACGAUCAAGAAGACAAGUUCUCUCUACAAACUGGACCCCUUCUUAGACAGCAAGGGAAUCCUCAGAAUUGGCGGACGACUCCUAAAAGCCGAAUUAGAUUAUGGCAUAAAACAUCCGAUCAUAUGUCCAAAGAAGAGUCACGUGACGAAUCUCCUCAUCCGACACUUUCACAGCAAAGAGCACCACCCAGGUUAUGGGAUGACCCACAACUCCAUCAGGCAAGCAGGUUAUUGGAUUGUGAACGGUCGUUCUGUUGUCUCCCAUCUCCUGUCAAGCUGUGCCAUUUGCCACAAAUUGCGCGGACGAGCACAAGUCCAAAAGAUGGCAAAUCUUCCUGAAGAACGUGUGACACAAGCACCGCCCUUUACCUACACGGGUAUGGACGUUUUCGGCCCAUGGUAUAUUAAGGAAGGCCGAAAGGAAUUGAAACGUUGGGGCAUCGUCUUCACGUGCCUCUCAUCCCGGGCGAUACACCUUGAAACCUUGAACACUAUGGAAACAAGUUCAUUCAUUAACGCGCUCAGAAGAUUCAUCAACAGAAGAGGCAAAGUGCGCCAACUAAGAUCAGAUCAAGGAAGCAACUUCAUCGGAGGAAGAAACGAGCUCAAUGCAGAGGUGAACACUGACACAGUGAAGAACUUCCUAUUAACACAAGAAUGCGACUUCAUCGAGUUCAAGAUGAAUUUCCCCAGCUCCUCACACAUGGGAGGUGUGUGGGAACGCAUGAUACGAACAGUACGCUCCUCUCUAUCUGGCCUCCUCGAAGAUCAGUCAACGCAGCUAGACGACGAAGGGUUACGUACUCUCUUCACUGAAGCCGAAAACCUCGUGAACAGCCGCCCGCUGACCACCGACAGCUUGUCAGACCCACAAGCACCUGAGCCGAUCACACCAAAUCACUUGCUCACUCUGAAGACGAAGGCAGUACUACCUCCGCCUGGCAACUUCUCUCGACCAGAUCUGUACACCAGAAAGAGAUGGCGCAGAGUUCAAUUCUUGGCUGACCAAUUCUGGCUCCGAUGGCAAAGAGAAUAUUGUCUACAGCAGCAAAAAGCGUCAGAAGUGGAACAAGACCGUCCCUAACGUCCAAGUUGAUGAUAUUGUUCUGAUUUGCGAAGAUUCUUCCCCAAGAAAUGAAUGGCCUCUCGCCAGAGUCACCCAAGUCUAUCCCAGUGAUGACGGACUCGUUCGCAAAGUCUCCCUCUUCUAUACUGAAUCCGGAAAUAAGAAGCUUCUGGAUAGACCCGUACACAAGUUAAUCCUUGUUCAUCGUCCGAAGGAAGAGACGACUGAUGCAAGUUACAGAAGGAAACUUCGAUAGACCGGAGUACGACCCCGUCGGGGAGCCAGCAGAAAGAAUUACCCUCUUGAACACUAAGAACACUAAGUUUAUUUUGACAUUUAUUUUAUUGUUAAGUCAUACAUUUCACAAUGUAUGGGGGAGCCAUGUAACGCCUUCCCAGUUGUUUUGUUUAACACGUGACCCGGUCACGCGCAUCCGGGUUUUCAGUUUUUUGUAAGCUCGACUAGAGAGCGGAGUGUUUUUGGCAACGUCGCCCAACGCAGUUCUUUAGGCUUCGCACGAAGCAUGUUGUAAUAGCCAUUACAGUCUUUGACGGUCCCUUCGGUCCGUUAACAUCUUGUGAACCAGCAUUAAACGGAACUAAGGAUCUUGUUAGACGUUUUGGUCAUUGUGGAGUGAACCUUUCAGAAUUUCUGCAACGCAUGUUGCCCUCGCGCCGCCUUCACCCAAAAGCGGUCGCUACAGUAGUGUCCUGUACGUCAACGUUGAUGUUACCAUAGCAACCGAGUUUUGACAGCCAUGUUUUUCAACAUUUGCAUUUUCUCUAAAAAAUAGGUUUAAUUUAUUCCUUUUUUCUACUGAUUGAAUUAUUACGUUAUCUACUUUUUUUCAGUUGCCAAGUCCUCAUGCCAAGACGUUUAUAAUCAGCUCAAAGAAAAGUGGGUAAACCUAUGCAUAGUAAUUUAAUUAAUGAGGAUAGAUCAGUUAAAGUCCGGAGGAUCCUUCGGAGUGCGUCAGUACUGUGUUUAUGAGCCACAAAAACAGCCAAAAAAUCAGUCGUCGAACCUCAAUAACGGGGUAUUCAACAAAUUUUUACGGGGAAGCCCUGCCCCGAGGUCCAUGUCCUUACCUUUUCACAUACCAUUUUUGACAGAAAAGGUUUCGUAUCCCAUUCCAUCCGUUUUGGCGGUUGAGGGGUGGAGUGGCUUGUUACAGGCAUUUUAAAAUGAUCUCAGACCAUACAAGGGUCAAUGGCAAGAAAGAGUGCCUUAUCAAAAUCAAACUUGCACGCUAUUUUGCACUUUCUUUUGUUUUUUUGGUAAUAAAAUCGUAUUAACCCAAACAAAAAAACAGGGUUCAUUGUAUGCAGUUAGUACAUGAUUGUGACCACGAAAUAGACAGUGGACAGUAAGGUAGCCAGUGGUUACCAGUGUCCAUAAAGCGAAGUUGACGGCAUGAGAUUUUCUGACUUGGGAACACAGAAAAGUGUCCGUUUUCCGUAUUAACCGUUGUCCUUAUUAAACGGGUAGGAGAAAAUACGUGAGCGUCAAUAAACAUGCAAAACUACUGAAUAUCUGUGUAACAUGUUCUGAGUAGUUGUCAAGAAAAACCAAUCCAAGUCUUAUAGGUAGCUCACGGGCAAAAUAGGGAUCCUUUGACCUCAGAUAAGAAAAACAUCAUGCGCACCAUUUUCGCGGUUUUUAGGUCGCCCCUUUCCCCUUCCUUCUGAACAUCUGCUACGCUGUUUAGCCAUCUUCGAUGUCCGAAUUUAAUUCCUAUAGAACACUUUAUUCAAAUACACUUUAUUAAAGUUAGUUGAAGAGCAGAACAGCUUGGUAUCAUAAGGCAAAAAUAAAUAUCAACCUGUGCCGGAGGUGAAAUUAUAUCAGUCCAAAGUACAUUAAUCGUGUAGUAACUCCCAGUAACAUGAUGGGGAACCUGAGAAAUUUAGAUUUAACUGAGACUGUUUUGAAUUCCAUUGAUUCAUUUAUUUUUAUAAGAAAAAGCGAACCUUUUUUUUUACAACCAGUUAAGGUACAUUCCAUUUUUUCUCUCCGACAGUUAGGAGCUGGAAAAACUAAAAUGAGAUUUCAUUUUGUACAGGUUGAACGUGGCUCAGUUGGUCACUCUCCUCCUUGACUCCAAACUAGUUUCAGUUCUCUGUCACUUUGGAAAUUUUGGAUGCGGAGAUGGAGGAUGGACACCGGUCAUGAAAAUGGACGGCAACAACGUAAGACAUUUGUGUACGUUUUCCCUUAGUUUGGCGACUAGAGUGAAAAAAAAUGUGCCUCUGUCAGCGGUAACUUUCAGUUAUCCUAGCCUGCGAAUACAGCCGUUUCUCCUUGCUCCUCGUCGCUAGGGACGUUUCAUCAGGAGGAACGUCUGCACCUCAGCGACAGAAAUUCCAUACUAAUGACGUAAAAUUGUAACAUUUUCUGGGGAAGCAUAACCCCAGUCCUCCAAGUUUGAAGUGCCUUCGGUGCUCCAACUUUUCUUCUCGUGCGUAUACAUGCUAAGUCCUUGGAUCUGAAAGAUUUAAGUAUUAAGAACACCUUUAAGCUUCUGGAAUAUCUCGGUCAGUAGCAGAGGUCAUCAUCCGCUUUUCCUGUCAGACGAUGUGAAGGUUUUCAUAUCAAAACACAGAAGCCUCUGGUCUCUGUACUUGCGAACAGGCGAGAAUUAGAGAUAAUUAUAUUCAAUUCGGCAUUUUUCAAUCGCAUCAAUGAUUAAAGAGCGCAGUAUUUGUUUACUUUUUAUUCUAUCGGUGACCAUUAACGUCAUUUCGCCUGCUGUGACUAAUUUCAUUUUAUAAAUCUGGAGAAACAAGGACGUUGUAGAUAUUCCUUUCACUGUAAUUGUUCUUUAAUUGCAAAUUCCUUUUUUUUUUCUUUUCCGGAAAGGAUGCUGUCUUUAGAAGAAUAAAGAAACCUGUGAACUUUUCUUUUUAAAGGACAAUUUUUCUAUUUCUUCCUCCUUUCUACCACAGCAAACUUUUCACUACAACUCCCCUCUCUGGAGCAACAAAGAAACCUUCAACCUUGACGGAGGGAAGACUGGGUUUGACACACAGGAGACCAAACUUCCCUCCUACUGGAACACAUCCUUCUCCAAGAUCUGCCUCGGUAUGAAGAUCGGCCAGCAGUUCAAAUUUAUUGUCAUCAACAAGCAGGCGAACUCCUUGUACUCUCUGAUCGCUGAUGGGCAAUACCGGAGCACCUCACUGGGUCGUGACAAGUGGAAGUCGCUGAUUGGUUCUGAGGCCUCCUUGCAGAAAAACUGUAACAAGGAAGGGUUCAAUGCUGUUAGUAGUCAUCCUGACAACUCUAAAGCAAGAAUCGGUAUCAUUGGUGACAAUAGAGGAGAUUGCAGGGACGGUGACUCUAGAAUUGGAUUUGGCAGUGGAGGAACUCCUGAUAAGAGCAACUCAUGUGGAAACGAGGCGGCUACAUUUGCUCCAGAUAAUGGCGAAAAGCAUAUUAAGACAAUGGGAUAUAUUUUGGUGCUGUAA